UUUGGAGGUGGCUAGCGCUAGAAAAGGGGGUGGAUCUUGUGGUAAUUUAUUCUACAUUUCCGCAACAAGCCAAUUUGAACCGCAGUGGAGUUAUUGGAUUGAAGCAUUGAAGAGAGAGCUAGCUAGAGCAAGACAAGGAGAGAUCGUACCAUGACUGAGCUUGCACUACCACUCGCUCACCACAUUGACGAGGUCUCACCGGAUACCAGUGACUCAGAGUGCUCAGGGACUCACAAAGACAUAUCCGUUCAACCCACACUCAGAGAUGUCGGCAAGAGAGUGCUCUACUAUUCAUCUGCCGAUAAAAAAAGCAAAUAUGGGACCCUUCGAUUCAUCGGAGAGACGGAAUUCUCGACGGGAACGUGGUGUGGAGUGGAACUGAACAAUGCCAGUGGCAAGAACAACGGCACUUACAAAGGAAUUCGUUAUUUCACCUGUGAUGCAAACUAUGGUGUUUUUGUCCCCAUCAACAAAGUUGAAAUGGAUUUUGGACGUCGCAGUCGGCCCAACAGUUCCCCCAGCAGCAGAAGCACGUCAGUUGACAGGGAGAUUAAAACAGGUUCCCUGACAGCCACACAGAAGGGACUGAACACUCUCUCCCUGCAGCAGCAGAUUGUGAACAGACUCUCGGCUCCAGUACAAAAACGCAGCAGCAAAACCAGCACUCAAUCAUCAUCGAACAACCGUCGUCAGCCCCUCAAAGCGUUUGCUACGAAGGGAGUAAGUCGAGAGGAGCCGAGAGAGACAAAGAAACUUCCUCCAUUCAAGUCAGGAGGAAUGGUAAAGGCCAGAAGCACAGACAAUAUCAGUAAGGCGAGUGGAGGUAAUACAACACCAAAGAUGCCCUCUAAGAAAUCCAGCUCAGAGAGAGAUCUGCGAGGAUUUAGUGGUAAAAGCACUUCGACAAAAAAGGAUAAAUUGUCUCGCAAAGUGAGAGUCAACAGCUGCUCAGAUGUCAAUGUACCAGAGCAGCCUGCCCCCUCUAAAGACCCCACCCCUGUGAUCAAGUAUCCCCAGACGUCAACACCCGGCACACGUGAUGAACAUACUCCUGAUGGGUGCUCCUCACCUGAUGACGACUCGGGGAGCAAUACUAGCCAAUCAGACGAUCCUGUCAAAACACCGGCUGUCGGGGAGACGGCUUUUGUGGAGACUCCUACACCUAACGGCCCCAACACACCAAUCAACGGGAAGGCAGGGAUUAUGGUAAACAAGAAGGUGGACACAAGUGGUCUCGAGUCUGCUCCUGUCCUGCUGAUCAAGAGUGAGCUAAAGAAUCCCAGCUACAACCAGGCGACUAUGGCAUUUCCCGAGGUUGUUGCCACACCAAACAAGUGUUACAAGAAUCGGCCCUCAGGCUCUGCCACUCUGGCCCACCCCCUCACACAGCACACAGCCUCACACCAUUCUGAGACAGAGGAGACAGACAGUGUGGUGACUCAGCUACUAGACCCCAAGCACUCAUUGGAGGGUGUGACAGUGGCUGGUGUACUGGCAGUGCUCAGGGAACAACACAGGCUAAACACUUUGCAGAAAAAGGCAAACAAAACUCAAUUAGAUACUCUGAGAAAAGAAUAUUCUGACAGGUUAGAAAAGAUGGAAAGGCAACAGAAAGGAGCUCUCAAGGAGUUGGUGGAGAGACAUCAAAGUGAGAUAAUGGCACUCAACAGAGCACAUGUGGAAGAGCUGAGACGGCACAGAUGAGCUGGGAAAGUUGAACUGAUCGUUGUCACAAAUUCUGGGCUGGGCUCUAAUGAUCGAUUUCACACAUGCAUUGCAUUAUCAUAGGUUACAGCACACUUGUCAUCAAUCUCCAAUAAUUAAGCUACACACUCGUUAUGUUUCACUUUCAGUUCAGUUUCUUGUAAAUUUAAUGUUGUUGCUGUAAAUGUUUUCAAAUCAUAUCCAACCUUGGCUACAAGUCAAUAAUAAUUGUUGUUUCAACUUUAA